AUGUUCGGAGAUCUCAUUCCCUCCAUCAGCAGCAUCAGGAGGAGGCCCCUUUUCCACAACCAGAAGCGAUUCGCCUACUACCGCUUCCACAAGCGAGUGGGAAAGGGAUCAUGGAACAAGUACGUCGAGAGGUUCAAACCCCCAAGGAGUAUCGAAAACACGCAGAGACUCAUUUUCAACUAUGAGCCCACGUAUUCAGAGAAGAAAGCGUCCUGCAGCUGGCAGUGGCUGCUCCCGAAAAAAAUCGCGCAAGCCACAACAUCGGACGAGGUUCUAAACGUGUGGGUGUACUACCGACACAAGAGAAAAAAAUCAUAUCAUUAUUUAAAGGUUCUAAAAAGGUUAGUUGACGUGGGGACCUGCUCCACCAACGAUUGGAGGUUCAAAUUAAUCACCUCCAGAGUACAGAACAAAAUAAAUACCUUUUUGAACCUCCCCAGAAUAUGCUACUACUAUGGGAGGUUAAAAGCCACAGCUCAGUUAGAAGGGAUGAGUAAAAUGAUAAACCAUCGAUUAAGUUGUUAUCUUCCUCAUCAGUUAAUAUUAAUUUUGCGAAGUUUUGCCCUUUGUGAGUUGCAAGACAAGCAACUGUUCUGCAAAAUCAGGGAACAGCUCAAACCCCACGUGCGAACACUCUCAUUCUCACACUUGUCUGUAAUCGCACAGAGCUAUGCGUCCUGCAUGAUUCACGACUUUUUAUUCCUCAGUGUACUGGCCGAUGAGGUUAUGCUCAGGGUUAAGCUGUGCAACGAGCGUACCGGAGGUAGGCUGAGUCAGUACAAUCUAGGGGUAGAAGAGACUCCUGCUGCUGUGACAGAGGAAGCCCCCAUGAUGAGCGGUCUCGACAUGGAUAACACCCUCGUGCAGCACAAACGGGAGCAGUUCUGCUACUACCCCCAAAUGGAGAGCCUAGUCGACAUAGCGGUCUCCUUUGCAAACCUGAAAUUUCAGAACUACCUUUUCUUUGACUACGUCAGUAGAUUGACCAUAUACAUGCUGAAGGAUCCACACAAAAACGUCCUGAAUCCUUACCUCCUGGAAAAAAUAGCCACCUCAUUUUGUAAGUUAAAAAUAAACGACGUAAUACUAUUUGAGCACAUUCUCAGACAUAUACGCAUAUACACGUAUGAUUAUCCCCCCCAAGUUUUGUGCACAAUUGGGUGGCUCUUCUCCUCCAUACUACCAUUACACUACGGAGCAAUCAACCGGAUUUACAAAAAAAUGAUGCUACACAUAUAUCAGAAUGCAUCUAUCCUAACUAUGGAUGCGUUAACCAAGUUCUCCUCCUUUGUACAAAAAGGGACGACGAACGACAGAACCAAAAAGGAGUUCCUAUUUCGAGUAAACGACCUUAUUAAAAAGGCAGACAAUAAAUACUGCAAAAUGAUGUAUGAUGUUCCAAGGCUCCUGGAAAUUUUAUCCCUUCAUGAAUUGCUGGAUCAGGAUUCUUUUCAAAUUAUGUGCAAACAUAUGCACGGGAAUAUUAAGUACUUUGAGCCAUGUGACUUUAACAGAGCUGCCAGAGCGCUGAAUCAUGCCAAGAACAAAUUCAACUUCGAGGAUGAGAAAAUUGUGAACGCGCUUGCAAGGAAUGUAAUUAAACAACAUGACCUAUUCCAUAUUAUCGACUACCACCAAUUUUGUAAGGCCAUUUUAAACACAACUGGAUUGAAGGACACAUACAAAAUUUCCUUGUUCAAGUAUCACAACAGCCGUUCCCAUUUUAACAUGACCCCCUUGGUAGUCUGCCUCCUCGCCUGCCUCUGGAUGGCGGCAUCCACCACGGCACACAUGUUCAGCCACCCCCCCUCAAAAAAGACAUUAACAAGCCAUCCGCUUUUAAAACGGGCUUCCAACCCUGAGGAGGAGGAUAACUAUUACACCAUGCAGGACGUGCUCGGUGUACCCCUGAAGAGGGAGGACCACCCCAUCCUCUACGACGACCUGCCAGACAAAAUGAAAAACAAAAUGGUGGACAACACGGAUGUGCAAAAAGUAAACAGAUUGAAAUUCAUUGCUCGAACGAAUGCAUUCAAGAAUUUUCAAAAAAAUUAUCAAAAGAAAGAGUCCACUGUGGAGCAGCUGUACAACCAUAUGCGCGAAAUUAUAAGCGUCGCUCUUAGCAUCCCCGUGGAGGAAGUAAACCUGCAUGACAUUAAUAUGUUGCUUGCCAAAUGGAGGAUGCUGAGCAGAGAGAGGAUCAACCCAGAUGAGCAGAACAACGACGAACGUUACUUUAAGAGCGUAAAAAGGCAUGAUACCAAUCCCAGUAGUGUAACUCCUUCUAUAGUAACGAAGCAUACAGAAGAGGUGAGAGAGAGAAAUGAUCGGGGAAACUUUUUCAUUGACCCAGAUUACUUCCUCCAGUUGGUUCUCUGA